AUGUCGCUCAAGCCAAUCAAGCUCUACGGCCACGGUCCUGGACCCAACCCAUGGAAAGUCCUCAUGGUCUUGGAGGAGCUCAACAUCCCUUACGUCAGCAUCGCCGUCGACUUUGCCGAUAUGAAAAAGGAACCUUUCGUGUCCGUCAAUCCAAAUGGCCGUGUCCCUGCCAUCGAAGAUCCAAACACCGGAAUUACCUUGUGGGAGUCUGGUGCCAUUCUCGAAUACCUGGUCGAGACCUAUGACAAGGAACACACCAUCAGCUUUGACGCUGGCUCCAAGGACUACUUCCUUGCCAAGCAAUGGCUGCACUUCCAAAUGUCCGGCCAGGGUCCCUACUUCGGCCAGGCUGUCUGGUUCACCCGCUUCCAUCCGGAGAAGAUUGAGAGCGCCAAGGAGCGCUACGUGAAGGAGAUCCGUCGUGUUUCGGGUGUGCUGGACAAAUUCUUGGCUGAUAAAGAGUAUCUCGUCGGUGACAAGUUCAGCUAUGUUGAUCUUGCUUUCAUUCCUUGGUUUAAAGUCGUGACUCUGUUCGAUGUUGACCUGGGCAAGGAGUUCCCCAAUGUCGCGGCUUGGUUGAACCGCCAGGAGGCUCGCCCAGCUGUCGAGAAGGCGUUGAAGCUCCGGGCGGAAGCGGUUGCUGCAGCACACUAG